UCCAACCAUCUUCAUCUUCUCUCUUCUUAUCUCAGUUUCAGGCUCUCCGGCUAUGGCUUCCCUUUCCCAUUUCUUCUUACUCGCACUCUCUGUGCUCUCUCUCCUAGCUUCUUCUUCCAAUGCUCAGCUCUCUCCCAACUUCUACUCCAGAUCUUGCCCUAACCUCCAGACCAUCGUUCGCAACACAAUGAGGCAGGCUCUUGCCCGAGAAGCCCGCCUCGGCGCCUCCAUCCUCCGCCUCUUCUUCCACGACUGCUUCGUCAAUGGUUGCGACGCCGGAAUCCUCCUAGACGACACCGGGAGCUUCACCGGAGAGAAAAACGCUGGCCCCAACCAGUCGGCAAGAGGGUACGAAGUGAUUGAUGCUAUCAAAACGAACGUGGAAGCUGCCUGCAAUGGCACUGUGUCUUGUGCUGAUAUCUUGGCACUUGCCGCAGAAGAGGGUGUCUUCCUGCUUGGAGGACCCUCAUGGGCGGUACCACUUGGCCGGAGGGAUGCCAGAACGGCGAGCCAGAGCAAAGCCAACAGCGAGAUUCCAGGGCCGUCGUCGGACCUCUCCACUCUGAUCUCCAUGUUCGCCGCCAAAGGGCUGAACGCCGGGGAGAUGACGGUGCUUUCCGGCGCGCACACGAUAGGUCAGGGACAAUGCAAUUUCUUCAGGAACCGUAUCUACAACGAGAACAACAUCGACCCAAGUUUUGCGGCCACGAGAAGGGCCACCUGCCCCAGAACUGGUGGGGACACCAACUUGGCACCCCUUGACCCCACCCCAAACAACUUUGAUAAUACUUAUUAUAAGGACCUUGUGGCUCGACGUGGCCUGUUCCAUUCGGACCAACAGCUCUUCAAUGGAGGCUCCCAGGACGCUUUGGUUAGGACAUAUAGUUCCAACAGUGCCCUAUUCUUUAGGGACUUUGCUUCUGCUAUGAUCAAGAUGAGCAGAAUCACUCCUCUUACUGGGUCCCAGGGAGAGAUCAGAAAGAAUUGUAGGGUUUUGAAUUGAUUGGUCCCUCCGCCGUGAUUUCUUUUUUUUUUUUUUUGGGUUUUUGUUUGGGUGAUAAAAGACAGCGAUAUUGAAUAACCAAGGGCAGGAUGGUAAUUAGAGGGCGGGUUUAAUUUAAUCAAUUGUGAUUAGACAAGGUCUUAUUAUUAGUCAUAAGUUGACUAAAUGGAUCUUGGAUAUAUGUAUUUUUAUUAUGACACAGCUCAUCAAGUGUUGUGAGCUGUAUGCCUUUUUUUUUCAAUCAAAAAAUGAUUCCAAGUGUCUGUUUUUGUU